GAAAUGUCCGAUUGUGUUGGCAGCCGAAAGGUAUUUACAGUCGCCAGUGAGAGAAAGCUGGUGUGUGUUUGUUUUAUGGUGCAUAUACUCACCGGAGCUCUCCGGCAUCUGCUUUGUGAAAGAAGGGUGUGAGAGGGCUAUUAUUUAGAGCAGAUAACAGGAAGUUGCAUGCAGACAAAGCCCCACCCACUAACAGCAUGGUUGCUGCUGAGGCAAGUGUGAAGGGAACAAAGAAAUGACAAGCAAAACAGUAAACUGUGCUGGUAGCAUUCCAAGAGGAAUACUUUCCCUGCUUGUCUGGCUAACGCUUGCUGGAAAAUUUCAAAGCAGAUUUUGAUCACUGAAGCCAGGAAGGUGGUGGUGGCUGCUUGCAGAGAUGCCGGAGCUGCUCCAGUGAGCUCCGGCAGCACUGCACCGCUGGGUAUUAGUCACGUACAACUAACGGUAACCUGUCAGCAGCUGCACACAAACCCUCAACUUGAUAGCCUACGGAAAACUGACGCAGAUACAGCGGGGAAACGGGCCCUUCGGCCCACCAAGUCCACGUCAACCAGUGAUCACCAGUGCACUAGUUCUACUAGGGGCAAUUUACAGAAGCCAAUUAACCUACAAACCUGCACGUUCUUGGAGUGUGGGAGGAGACUGGAGCACCUGGAAAAACCUGUGCAGCCACAGGGAGAACUUGCAAACUCUGUACAGAGAGCACCCGUAGUCAGGAUCGAACUGGGGUUUCUACCGCUGUAAGGCAGCAACUCUACCACUGUGCCACUGUGACUACCAAGCCACUUUAUCCUGUUUUACGGCUUUACAUGAUGCCAUUCUUUCCCUUUAUUCCAACUUUCUCCAGCAAUGCUUUGCAGCUUUUUCGGAGGAGGUGCUGCAGCCAUGGAGCCCGACUGGGAGGAGGUUGUUCCCUCUUGCUUCUUCUGGACUCUUCAUUGUUCCUGAAAUGUAGGAGAUGAUAACUAGUCGGGAUUCAAACCCUCCUCCACCAUUGACUGAGGAGCCUUCUCUCGACUCGUCUUCCGAAGCUGAAGUGACUUCAUCUCAUAAAAAAUAACCCUUGGUGGUUUAAGAUGUAGGUGAAUCAUCUGUGAAGAAAUGAAUAAAGAAAUGCUUUAACUAAAAGAUACUGUAGAUGUUAUUAGAAUGAAGCUGUUUGGUUUCCACCUGUGGGAUGAAGCACUAGGAUUAAAAGCUGGCUUUUUAACACGCCAUCUGUGCUGAAUCCAAGAGGAGUUUGGUGCAGUUUGGACAAUGAAAGCCAAGGCCAAGCAAUGGAAGCACUUAGUGCUGAUUGGGAUACUGACAUGGGCCCUCGCUGUCUUGCUGCUGUUUACAUAUUUCACAGACUUCAGAAGCAAUGAGCGUCCAGCCAGCUCUUUCGCUAACUCUGAGACACGAAGUCUCUACCCCAUCCAGGAAAAACUGCGGGCCAUUAUGGGAGCAUUCCCAAAUCCAAAGGUCUCAGCGAGUCGCAGAGAAAGCAGUCUUUCCUUUGAAGAUGACGAAGAUUCUGUACGUUCAUUGCGUUUAGAUUAUCUGAAUGACCCCAGACUAGAAUGGACCCAGGAUGACAGUGGCGAGCUUCAAGUGGGGAAAAGUGUGAAGAGAGGGCAGGUCAAUGGAAACAGGGCAGUGGAUCAGAUGGCUAAUGUUGUCAUGAAAGAUGGCAAAGUCUUUGAGGAAGGAAUUAUUCAAGAUGCAAAGUCUAGGCCUCGUGAAACAGUGAUUCAGUAUAAGGAGCGAUCGAGUUACUCUCUCGACCCGUUACUCGAAAAUCUAGAUUCCUUGGACCUGGAGGACUUGGAGUUUUCAAAAUCCAGUUCAAUGCUUGUGAAACUGUGGAGAGGAAAUAUUUCAUCGGCGAUGCUGAAUCCUCGUUUAAAAAAAGCGAUGAGGGACUAUAUGAAUGCAAACAGACACGGCGUCCACUAUCAAAAGAAAAGGGAGGCUGAGACGAUGAUUGGGGAAGACCUCCUGUGUGAACUGAAAAACAAAGUCAAUCUGAGGACCAUCGAUGGGAAAGAGGCUCCGUUUUCUACAUCUGGAUGGAAAAAACACAUUCCUAAAAUUCCUCUGAGCAAGAUCCGGAGCAACCCUCAAGCCUUCAGGAAUUGUGCAGUUGUUGCAUCUGCUGGUGCAAUAUUGAACUCCUCCCUUGGAGAAGAAAUAGAUUCUCAUGAUGCGGUUCUAAGAUUUAAUGCGGCCCCUACACAAGGUUAUGAGAACGAUGUUGGAAGCAAAACCACAAUCCGUGUUAUUAACUCGCAGAUACUUGUGAACCCAGAGCACCAAUUUAACAAUAGCACCCUAUUCAAGAAUAUUGUUCUGGUAGCCUGGGAUCCUGCUCCUUACUCUGUAAACUUGCUAAAGUGGUACAAGAAGCCUGAUUACAACCUAUUCAUGCCCUACUUGCGAUAUAGGAGAAAGAACCCUGAGCAGCCCUUCUACAUCCUUCAUCCAAAAUUUGUUUGGCAGCUUUGGGAUAUAAUCCAGGAAAAUACUCAGGAAAAGAUCCAGCCAAAUCCCCCGUCAUCCGGAUUCAUUGGAAUUCUCAUUAUGAUGUCUCUGUGUGAUAAUGUCAAUAUCUAUGAAUAUAUCCCUUCCAUCAGACAGACUGAUCUCUGUCACUACCACGAGCGAUACUAUGAUGCAGCAUGUACCUUGGGAGCCUACCACCCUUUGCUGUAUGAGAAACUUCUGGUGCAGCGGAUGAACAAAGGGGUAGAGGCAGAUUUAUAUUCAAAAGGCAAGGUUAUUCUGCCUGGUUUUAGUACCAUGAAGUGUUCCAGUGAACAAUGAAUCUUGUGCUGCAGGACAAUUACAUGUUGUGUACAUGACAUAUACACUGAAGCUUAACUAAAAUACUUGAAAUGAGUAGUUAGGACCAACUUUGGGGUGGAUUCAAGGUAAUAAGAUAGAGAGAUUGUGAAACAGACUUGUUACAAUAUAUAGAAACAAGGAACUGCAGAUGCUGGUUUACAAAAGAAAACACAGGGUGCUGGAGUAACUCAGUAUGUCAGGCAACAUCUCAGGAGAACAUGGAUGGGCAACGUUUUAUGUCAGGCUCUUCUUCAGACUCAUCUCAGGAAAACGGAUAGGCGACGUUUUGCUAAGGGACCCUUUUUCAUUCUGUAUAGACAAAGUUUCGGAUCAGGGCCCUUGUUUAGACACCGAUCCAGUCUGAAUUAGGAUCCCAACCUGAAACGUUACCUAUCCAUGUUCUCCUGAGAUGCUGCCUUACCCGCUGAGCUACUCCAGCAUUUUGAGUCUUCCUUUGUUCCAUUAUAUUAAACCUUUUGUAUUUUGUAACAGAAUACUGUGUUCUAAUGCAUUCGUAAAAGACCAUUUGAAAUUGUCAAACUUCAAAUAAAGAUUUAGACAAUAGAUUUACAAGGAAUUCCCCUUUUUUUUGUGCUGCCAUAAUUUUGCUGAGAUCUUGUAUGUACAGGACCUGUGUGGUUUAAAUAAAUAGUAUGUUGUUAAUUUUACUCCCAACCCUUAGGCUUAGUAAUGUUAUAAACAGAUGGAGCCCUUAUUGAAGCAUUUAACUUUUAUGAUUGGACUCCCAGAAGUCCAGUAAUUCCCGUAGUGAAAUACAUUGAGAUAAAUUUCAAUUAUAUUUCAAACUUACUUCCUCUCAUCAUUUAUGAAGUAUGAAAAACAUAUGCAAAUGGCUUCAACAAUUACUGGAUGAAACAUUUUGAUUUUAUAUAUUUUAUAUGCAUACAAACUGUAUAGAACUUGUAAAUAAACAUGUUUGUCUUCACUUA